UAUGGACCGAAACAUUAAUAUACUAAAUAUUUGUGAUGAAAAUUCACACAGUUGCAUUCGGUUCACGAUGGUGCACCUUACUAGAAGAGACAUUGUUUUUUAUUUAACAUUGCUGGUCCUAGUACAAUUGUCCUCUGGUCAGACGACUCCCAAACCGGCUUUUGCUGAUCAUUUGUUGCGCGAAGGAAAUCGAGUAGCUUACGGUGAAUGGCUAUUAGGCAAAGACCAGCCUCGCCACGAAGUUGAAUAUCAAGGAUAUGAUGGAUGGUACAACAAUCUCGCUCGUCCAGACUCGGGAGCUAUUGACAGACCUCUUCUACGAAGAAGUCCAGCGGCAUAUGCCGAUGGAACCUACGCCCCUGCAGGUGGCAAUCGUCCAAACCCUUUCGACCUUAGUGACCAGUUACUGAACGGAACUAUUGGCUCCAAAUCAAACACAGGUAAAACUGCGUUUCUGGUAUUCUUUGGUCAACAGAUUGUCGAAGAGAUUCUGGAUGCACAACGACCAGCAUGCCCACCUGAAUAUUUCAACAUACCUAUACCCGAAGAGCACCAUUAUAGGACACAACAUUCACAUACACAAAUGCCGUUGCUACGAACUAGAUUUGAUCACCGUACUGGGCAUUCCCCAAAUAAUCCAAGACAACAGUUGAAUGAAAUUACUCCAUACUUGGAUGGUGGAUUGAUGUAUGGUAUCACUAAACAGUGGGCUGAUCAAUUGAGGACCUACGCUAAUGGAACAAUAGAUCCGAAUGGUAAAUUAGCGUCCUCUCACGGUGGUCUUUUCCCAGAGUAUAAUACCCAUCGUCUUCCCAUGGCUAACCCGCCUCCACCGUUCCACCAUGCUGAGUUCAUCGAGAAACACGAAACUUUGCCAGUUUCAAGAUUUUUCAAAUUAGGAAACCCACGCGGCAAUGAAAAUACCUUUCUGCUUACCUUUGGGGUGUUAUGGUUCCGCUGGCAUAACUUUCUUGCUGAACAAAUCAAACGCGCACAACCAGAAUUAUCAAGCGAAGCAAUUUUUAACGAGGCACGCAAAUGGGUUAUAGCCACACAACAACAUAUCGUCAUUGAUGAAUGGUUGCCUGCGUGGCUCAGUAAACCUCUCGAAAAAUACAAAAACUACGAUGCCAGCAUUGACCCCCAGAUAGAUCAGUACUUUCAGACCGCUGCAUUUCGUUUUGGACACACUUUAGUGCCGCCUGGUGUUUAUGUACGCGAUUACAACCGAAACAAUUGUAGCUUUAGUGCAAAGAGCUUUCUGGGUACCAAUGCAGUUCGAACUUGUAAUGCUUUCUGGAGACCCCAAGACGCCCUCACUGCCAAGGUCAAUAAAAACGAGCUAGUUGAUAUCGAUCGGCUUCUAAUGGGAAUGGCAAGCCAACUGUGCGAAAAAGAAGAUCACGAAAUAGUCGAGGACCUUCGCGGUAAUGUUUUUGGUCCUCUGGAGUUUCCCCGCAGAGAUUUAAUGGCGGUUAAUGUACAGCGAGGUCGUGAUCAUGGUUUGCCAGAUUUCAAUACAGCACGGCGUGCUUAUGGUCUAAAACCCUACACAUCUUUCGAUGAUUUUAAAAUUAUAACUCCAGAAAUAAAAGAAAGACUUAAAGACCUAUACAAGAAUGACAUUGAUAACAUUGAUACUUGGAUUGGCGGUAUCUUGGAAACCACAGCAACAGGUCCUGGGGAAUUGUUUGAAACAAUUAUUUUGGACCAAUUUCGACGUAUUAGAGACGCUGAUCGUUUCUGGUACGAGAAUUUAGAAAAUGGACUUUUUACCGCAGAAGAAGUGAAACGCAUUAAAGAAAUCACUGUAUACGAUAUUGUAAUGUUGGUUACCAAAAUGGACCCUAUUGAUAUUCAACAAAACGUUUUUCGAGUACCUGUUACAGCUUCACAAGUGGCCCCUGCUUGCCUAAAACAGUUUCAAACAUCAAGUUGUUCAAACAGCAAUGUAUUAAAAUGUUUUCACCUUCCUAUUUUGAAUGCAGACAGACUCGAUGAACCUUGUAAGCAAGGCACUACUUUCGAUUACUUUUCCGGUAGCGAAACAUCUUUUAUUGUGACUUUUACCGCAGUGGCUACAUUCAUUGUAACAUUGGUAAGCUUAGCGUAUAUGCUUAUGAUAUGGCGAUCACGUUCCGAAAAAAUAAACAUUCCUGCACCUUCAAAUGGACAAAUCUUCGUGGCGAAAGAGAUCACUGGUCCUCGCACAUCUCCUCGAGCGGUUUUCAUAGCACUGGACAAACCCAAGAAAUGGAUUCAAGUGACUGACCCUAACGAUACUCUCUUACGAGCUCUUGACUGCAAACAUGGUAUCACGUGGGUGUCCACCACCGAUAAACCCGCGCUUGUGAUCAAAGCCGUUCAUAGUUAUGACCUAAUACUGAUGUUUAAAUACGUUCAACUAAGAGAAAACUUUUUGCAACAUUUGAUGGCCUUUAAAGCGGAGAUUAAAUGUUCUGGAACCGAGUUUACGUCAAAACCAUACAAGGUGGUUAUGGAAACAGUGGUCACUAAACAAAUGCGACAAGCAGACGUGGAGCGGUUUUUCCGCGUGGUUUAUGCACAAGCAUUGAAUAUGCAUCACAAUAGCGAAGAAAUGAAUAUGGUUGACGACACAUCAUUGAAUCUAGUAGAAACUGAGCUCACCUUGUAUGAGUUUGCAGAAGCCAUGGGCAUGGAUGCAAAAAGCACGUUUGCUACAAGCAUGUUCAAUCUGGUUGAUAAGGAUAAGAAUAAUUUUGUUUCCUUUAGAGAGUUCAUCGAUUUCAUUACAACGUUCUCACAAGGUUCGGGGCAGGAUAAAGCCAGAUUACUGUUUAAUAUGUACGAUAUUAACAAAAAUGGCACCCUCUCAAUUGAAACGUUCAAACAAUUAACAGGAUCACUUUUGGGUCGAGCAUUAUCCGAAGUAAAUCAAAACAUUCUGUAUAAAUCUAUUGAUGAUAUCUUACGGAGCAAAAAUCUCCAAAAGAAAAAAGAGCUUACGUUCAAUGAUUUUCUCUCCAUAAUCGACGAAGACUAUGAUAUAUUGAACAAAGUUAAAGUUAAUUUGAACAUUGGGAAAAAACUUACAAAACUUCCGAUCAAAGACGUUCGAAGAUUUGGAGCACAACGACAGAGCGAAAUAAAAUUACUAAGCGAAGCAGUCAUUCAAGUAAAUGAUUCCCAAUCACCUACAUUGCAAUUUGUACGAUAUGUGGAACGCUAUUCAAAGGAGAUCUUCUGGGCAACUUUAUACACUCUGGUGUUGAUUGUUAUCUUUGUGGAACGCGCGUAUUAUUAUUCAUUUGAGAGAGAAGUAGGAGGUUUGAGACAAAUUGCUGGAUAUGGGGUGUCAAUCACGCGUGGUGCGGCAUCCGCCAUGAUGUUUACGUAUUCUUCACUGUUGGUGACAAUGUGUCGUAAUAUCAUCACCAUCUUGAGAGAUACCGCAGCAAGUGCAUACUUUCCUUUCGACUUCUGUGUGGAUUUCCACAAGUACAUCGCGUUCUUGGCACUUGGAUUCACUGUCCUGCAUAUUAUCGGGCAUUCGUUGAACUUCUACCACAUCUCAACCCAAACCGCCGAUGAUCUGACGUGUUUGUUCCGAAACUUUUUCCAUGCGACGCACGAGUUUCCCAAGUUCCAUUACUGGUGCUGGGGAACCAUUACAGGCGUAACUGGGAUAUUACUCACGUUGAUCUUGGCGAUCAUGAUAGUUUUUGCACAGACCUGUGUGCGACGGCGACUGUAUAACUAUUUCUGGUAUACGCACUCGUUGUAUCCGUUAUAUUUUAUUUUGAUGGUCCUGCAUGGCACAGGACAAUUAGUACAAUCACCAAUUUUCUAUUAUUUCCUCUUGGGACCUGUGAUUCUUUUUGCUAUCGAUCAAUGCAUCAGUAUUAGUCGGAAGAAGACUGAAAUCAUUAUCCAGGAUGUCAAAAUAUUACCUUCUAACGUGACUAUGCUGGAAAUUACAAAACCACAUGGAUUUACCUACAAAGCAGGUCAAUGGAUACGUGUCGCAUGUUUAGGAAUCAAUGCCCAUGAAUAUCAUCCAUUUACGUUGUCGUCCAGCCCUGAUCAAGAGUUUUUAUCUAUACACGUGCGCGCUGUAGGUCCAUGGACAAAUGCCCUACGUCAGAUAUUUUCAAAUGCACAAAUGGAAAAGAAACCCUUUCCAAAGAUAUAUAUAGACGGACCAUUUGGCGAAGGUCAUCAAGAUUGGAACAAAUACGAAGUAUCUGUUCUGAUUGCUUCUGGGAUAGGCGUUACUCCUUUUGCCAGUAUUCUCAAAGAUAUCGUCUUUAAAGCAAACUCUCGACUUCUCCGCGGUAAAAAGGUAUACUUUCUGUGGGUAUCCCGAUCGCAGAAGCAAUUCGAAUGGUUGGUGGAUCUUCUCCGAGAGAUUGAAGAACAAGACCAGAAUGAUGUUAUCAAUCUGCACUUAUACAUCACCGAAUUCUAUGAAAAAUAUGAUUUGCGUACUACUCUUUUGUAUAUCUUCGAGAAACACUAUCAGAAACUGAAUAACAAGUCGAUGUUUACCAAUCUACAGGCUGUCACACACUUUGGACGUCCGAAUAUUCCACAAUUUUUAAACACGGUUCGCACUCUUCACAAAAAUGCUAAGAAAUUCGGCGUGUUCAGUUGUGGCAAUCCAAAGAUGAACAUGGAAGUUGCUGCUAGUUGCAACCAGAUUAACAAAUCUAAUGCAGACGGCAUUUUUGAACAUUUCUUUGAAGCAUUUUAAUUUAAAUAGUAGAAUUUGUAGAAAACACGUAGUCCAAAUUGAAUAUUAUUUAAAGUAAAUCACAACCGCAAAUUA